CCAUGCGGCGUCACUUCCUCCGCCCCUGUUUCAAGGGAUAAGAAACCCUGCGCUGAACCUCCCUCCUUUCUCAGGCGGCUGCCGAAGAUGGCGGAGGGGCAGGUCCUGGUGCUUGAUGGCCGAGGCCAUCUCCUGGGCCGCCUGGCGGCCAUCGUGGCCAAACAGGUGCUUCUGGGCCGGAAGGUUGUAGUCGUGCGCUGUGAGGGCAUCAACAUUUCUGGCAAUUUCUACAGAAACAAGUUGAAGUACCUGGCCUUCCUCCGCAAGCGCAUGAACACCAACCCAUCCCGUGGCCCCUACCACUUCCGAGCACCCAGCCGCAUCUUUUGGCGGACAGUGCGAGGCAUGCUGCCACACAAGACCAAGCGAGGCCAGGCUGCCCUGGAGCGCCUCAAGGUGUUUGACGGGAUCCCGCCACCCUACGACAAGAAAAAACGGAUGGUGGUUCCUGCUGCCCUCAAGGUGGUGCGCCUGAAGCCUACACGGAAGUUUGCCUACCUGGGGCGCCUGGCUCACGAGGUUGGUUGGAAGUACCAGGCAGUAACAGCCACCCUGGAGGAGAAGAGAAAGGAGAAGGCCAAAAUCCAUUACCGGAAGAAGAAGCAGCUCAUGAGGCUACGGAAACAGGCCGAAAAGAAUGUGGAGAAGAAAAUCGAUAAAUACACAGAGGUUCUCAAGACCCAUGGACUCCUGGUCUGAGCCCAAUAAAAUUGACUGUUUAUUCCUCAUGCUUGGCCUGGCCUGCCCUUCCUCCAUCGCCGCCCUAGGAUAUGGGGGACCCCCAGGGACUGCUGUCUGGAGCCACAGGCAGCCUGGGGCUUAGAAUGCUGGGAACACAGAAAGGGCUUUAGUCACUGCUGUUAAUUCAGAAGGGCCUUCUUAAAAGGUUAAACUCUUAAGAGCUUUGAGGCAUUGUUGCCUGUAACCUCAUUUCUGAGAGUUGUAAGAAAUUGAUAGUUGGAGCAACUAUUUCACUGUUGGCAAGAGAUCUGGAGAAUGUUUGGAUGGGAGCCCUGUGUUGUGAAUGGGGUGUGUUUAAACUUGCGGCAGGCUCAGGUGCUAUACUCUGCAGCUGUUAGGGUGUGAGGGUGCUGGGGGCCAAGCCUGGUGUUGUACAGACAUAGUUCAGAUGCGUAGCCUGGGAAGUACAGCCAAGGGGUCUCAGGCACUGCCCUUGUGCUUUCCCUGUAUUUUGUGAUCCAAAACUAAUAAAUUAUUUUUAAA